AUGGUUUUGGCUUCGUUUCGCCGGACUUCCAGAGCCGAGGGGGUGCCGUGUCUGCCGAGUGUCCCCGUUUUGGGCAGCCUUCCCUGGGUUGCUGCCUCAGGACUGUCCCCUCACCUGCUCUUCACACGGAUCUCUAAAAGACUGGGCCCCCUCUUCUCUCUGUACCUGGGCCCACACUACACGCUGGUGGUGAACAGUUAUGAUUUGGCCCGAGAGGUUCUUCUGACUAGAGGAAGGGACUUUGGUGGACGCCCAAAUAUGGUGACCACAGAUCUUCUGACACGAGGAGGGAAAGACAUUGCGUUCUGUGACUAUUCUCCCCUGUGGAAAUCUCACCGUCGCCUUGUUCACAGCUCCUUCGCUCUGUUUGGGGAGGGGAGCGGACGCCUGCAAGAGAUCGUCCUUUCAGCAGUGGAUGACCUGGUGGAGGAGCUCUUGACCAGCAGGGGGCGCUCUUUUGACCCCUCUGCCGCUGUCACUCGGGCAGUCACCAACGUGGUGUGCACUCUGGUCUUUAGCGCCACCUACAGACCGAAGGAUGAGGAGCUCCAGGAGGUGAUUCGGUACAACAACGGCAUCGUCCAAACUAUUGCCACUGGAGCUCUGGUGGACAUCUACCCCUGGCUAAAGUAUUUUCCAAACAGUACUCUGGAUAAACUGAAGGAGUGCAUCAGAGUCAGAGACAAACUGCUGCAGAGGAAACUGGACCAACACAAGGCCUUAAUGAGCGACAGUGAGCCCGGCGACCCCCGUGACCUCCUAGACGCCCUGCUCAGAGGUCAGAAGGGGAAAGGUCAAAUGUCAUCGGACGACCAUGUUUUAAUGACUGUGGCUGAGGCGUUUGGGGCCGGAGUCGAAACUACAUCAACUACAUUACUGUGGAUCAUCGCAUACCUGUUGCACUACCCAGAGGUCCAGACGCGGGCGCAGAGGGAGUUGGAGGAGCAGGUGGGACUGGAUAGACCGGUUAUGAUCUCGGACCGGACUGGGCUGCCCUUUGUUGAGGCAGUUAUCCAGGAGGGACUGAGGAUCCGCCCCGUGAGUCCAAUCCUGAUCCCCCACACCGCCAUGAACCAGACCAGUUUGGGGGGACACCCGGUCCAGCCUGGGACCCGUGUCCUGGUCAACAUGUGGGCCAUUCACCACCAUCCACAACACUGGGACAAACCGGACCUCUUUAAACCAGAGCGUUUCCUGAAUGAGCAUGGUGAACGGUACUCUCCGUCUGGUUUCUUGCCGUUUGGGGCGGGGCCUCGGGUUUGCGUUGGCGAAUCAUUGGCCCGUUUGGAGCUCUUCCUCUUCCUGUCGUCUCUGCUGCAGAGAAUUAGCUUCAGCCGCCCAUCCUCUGAGCCCGCCCCCAACCUGCAGGGGGCGCUGGGUGUGGUCCUGCAGCCUCUGCCCUAUCAGGUCAUAGUAACUCCCCGGCCAGGCUGGGGAGGUGGCGAUAAGCACAUAUAACUGUGUCAG